UUCCUACUUUUCCAGCUGCUUUUAAAAUGUCCCAGUUUCUCUCUCCUCCUUCCACUUCCCCCUUUUGCUUCAGUUGGGUGACGUUUGGAUUCAGAAGAGAGGAAGGAGCUAAAGCUUGCACUUCCCAGUGGGCUCAGGCAAAAGCAAACCGCUGCAGCCUCUCCUCACUUCUCUGUCCAUCAGCUUAAUAACUUUUGCCCUCUUGACCAUGAACUGGUGUUGCUUGGUCACAGUUUUUAUAUGUGAAAGAUUGGAGGGUAAGAUUGCACAUUUGCAAUAAGUGGCGCCACUUGGAGCAGGCCGCAUUAUCUGACUGGACCUCACUGAGGCCUAGGAUCUUGGCUGGGCGACUGGGAAUGGAGAGAAAAUAGGAGCCUCCACCAAAAGGAUUGGGACCAGCCAGAAUAAUUUUUACCGGAUUUGUGGGGGGGAAAUGAUCUGCUCGCCUCUUCCCCGCACAGCCUUUGGUGCACAUGGAGCGCACUAUUGGCCCUGGCCCUGGCCCUGGGCCAAGUGUGCGAAAGGUGACACGUGCAAAGGAGGGGGUUCCCUUCCCCUCCGGAAAAGGGAGGACUAAAGGCUCUCCAGCCAAAGGGAAAAGCCGCGGGGGUCCUGGCGCCCCUCCAAGUAGGGGAAAGGCAGCGAAAGGCUGGGCUUCCCAAAUGAUUUCUCCUGGCUUGGGGUGGAAAAGAAAUGCCAGUUCCCCAUUCAGCAACGGAGAGCCAAGCCUUGCGGGGAAAAAAAUCUGUAUCUCUGUAUUGGACCCUGGAGUGUGUUUGCAUUUUUGAAGAUUAAAAAUAACAUAUUAUUUCAAUUUUACACACACAAAAGAUAAAAUUUGACACGGGGCCAAUGAUAACAUCAACAAAACGGCAGGGAUUACUCAAACAAAAAAGUUAGAAAAGGAAAAACAAAGGGGAAAGAAAAGAAUUCAAAAAUGGAAACAUCAAGCCACCAAGACAACAAAAUGUCCAGUCUCACCAAAUCUCCCAAACUUAAAUGGGGCAAGAGGAGGGCAGAGUGUGGGUGUGGGGGUGUUUUGUGGUUUUUGAGACAGCUGCUUUCCUUGAAAUGCAGUGGAUCAGCAGUAAAGAAAGUUGCCUGGUAGGUUUAGCUUCCUUUGCGACGGUGGACCUGGGAGGGAGGAAUGUAAGAAUGCAUGGAAGGGGGUCGGGGAUAAGCAGAAGGACUGGUUUAUUAUGGCAGGAAUGUGCUUUUUGGAGGGGAUGGGAUGGCGGUGUUGAGGGGAUGGGAAAGGAGGACCCAGCAGUAAAAGGAGGGCUCAAUCUGGGCUUCUAGGUUGUUGUUAGUUGCUGUCAAAAGUCCGCUUUGACUUGUGGUGACCUGAGAGUCCUGGGUCAGUGACUGUGCUGCCCAGGUCUUGCAAACUCAGGGCAAUGGCUUCCUUGUUGGAGUCCAUUCCUCUGUAAAGCAGCCUUUGCCUUUUCCUACUGAGUAUUAGCGAUUCCUUGCUCAGCCAUGAAAGCUGUUGAGUGACUGGGGCAAGUCCCACCCUCUCAGCCUCAAGGAAAGGCAAUGGCAAACCCUCCCUGGACAAACCUGACCAAGAAAAGCCCAGGAUAGGUUCGCCUUAGGGUCCCCAUAAGUCAGAAAUGACUUGAAGGCACACAACAAUUGUCAUCUUUCGAAUGGAUCGGGUUGCAUCAGGAUGUGUCCAAGGUUCAGUCACUUUGGCUUCUAGGGAGAAUUUGAUUUGCUCUUGGUACCAGAACCGGUGCCAAGAGAACUUUAGCAGUUCUUUGUUGAAGUUUAAUGCCACCAAGUUAGCUUUGACAGCAAGAGACCUCCAAGAGCUGGUCUUCAACAGCAUGGAGCUAAUGCACCUCUUCUGCAGUCUUCCUCUUUUCACCACUUUGCAUUAUUGCCCUUUCUAGUGAGUGAUGUGUCCAAAGCACAACAGCCUCAGUUUUGGGCAUUUGGGCUUCUAGGAGGAGGCUUGGUUUGUUUUCAGACCCACUUAUUGGCCUUUGUGUCUGUCCUGGGUGUCUGUAGAUCUCUCCUCCAGGGCCAUGUUUCAAAGAAAAGUACACUGGCUUCAAUGAAAGCCUCCCCUGCUUCUCCUCUCCAGUUCUCAGGCUGAGUUGUCCUUUUCUCUGGGCUCUCCCAGAUCCAAUCUGUGGUCUCAACAGAAAGGAAGAGGAUGCGUCUUAAUGUCAGGAUGACCGAGGGUGUUUUCAUGCACCCACCCACCCAUCCAGGAAUGUGCUGUGGUCAGGAUUUUGUUAGUCUGGAAGCCAGCUUCCUCCGGAUGCAAGAGCAGUGACUCAUGGCCCUUGUGACGGCAGGCUUGGGGACGGAAUCACCAGUGUGUUGUGCAGACGUGGGCAAUUUCACACUCUCUCUGUGUAGUGGUCCUGGCCUGCUUGGAAGGGAUGUUAUCAGGAUGCCACUGGCCCUGGAGGUGUUUAUUACUGUUGUCUCUGCUCCGGAUUCUAGCCCAAAAGUGAAACCCCAGCUGGAAAUGGGUCGGGGUUUGACCUCUUCCCUAUGACUCCCAUCACUCCUAGCAUGACCUUGUGUGAUUUCCAGUUCUGGGGAUAGGGACCCAAAAUCCCAUUGCUUUCCUUUGAGGCUGAGAGAGUGGGACUUUGCCCAGGGCCAGGCAGGAUUUGAACCCUGGUCUCCCAGAGGAGCCUGGCUCCAGUGCUCCAGCCCCAAGACCCAGGUUGGCUCUGGCAUGCUGGGGUAGGUGAUUCGUGAACCAAGGACCAUGUGCUUUCCCUGCAAGGGUGUUGAAGGGGAAAUUCCUUUGGAUCUCCUUGCAUGGAAGGGGUCACAUCUCCCAUCCCCUCCUUCCUCAUUGGAGUGAUGCAAGACGUCUGGUGCAUGGCUUGUGCUUCCACGCUUCCACCGCAUGUGUUGAUGCUCAGAGAGGAAUUGGGGGAAAGUUCAUGUUUACACUCUUGGGUUCUCCCUCCCUCCUUCCUUCUUUCUCUUUGCAGCAGUGUUUGGAAAAUCUGGGCUAAAUUUACCCAGUUCUGAGCAUGAUGGGAAGAGAGGGGAGGGGAGGCCCCCUUUCCACUGCCACCAGCUUGGAUCCGUUCCCCCACCAAGUCCAAACAGAGCCUCCCUUUGUCUUUGCAUGGAGCCCAUAGGACACACAGGGGGUGUGUUUGGUCUCCUUUCAGUGGAGUAAAGUCCCUUUCCCUCCUGCCACGUCUCUGCCCUAUCAAUCAGGUUUCCAAAGGGACUUUGGAAAGGUCUCGCUGGCAACCUCGGAGCAGAGUCCAGGCCAUGGGCAAGUUCUGGGCACGUGAAUGGCGUUUGCUCCAAGCCAAGGGGCUUGGCCAUGUUGGACUGUCCUUGGAUAGCUCUCCUUUGGUUUAUUUAUUAGCUACACUCAAGGUUGCAUUUGUGGCUCUCUUGGUGUUGCCCUUAUUCUCAUAUCGGCCCAUCAAGGCAGACCGGGUCAUGAGAGGAAGUGAUGGGCUGGUCCAAAGCCCCCCUGGGAGCAUUUAAUGGCCACUGGGGAGGAAAGUAUAGAGUUGGAAGAGACCCCAAGGGCCAUCCAACCCAACCCCUGCUAUGCAGGAACCCUGGAAUUCCCAGCCAGCUGUCACCAGAUUUUCCUUGAUGGGGGGCAAAGCAGUGGGGUCUACCAGAUCCAGCCCUCAGACUCCCCACCUUUCGAAGUCUUCUGUGACAUGACUCCAGGUAACGGAGGCUGGACCGUGAUCCAGAGGCGGCUAGAUGGCUCUGUCGAUUUUGACCAGCUGUGGGAAGCCUACAAGAACGGCUUUGGGAAUCUUACUGGAGAUUUCUGGCUGGGCUUGGAGAAGAUCCACCAGAUCACGAAGGAUGGUCGGUUCCAUCUCUUGAUCGAGUUGCACGAUUGGGAAGGGAACUCCCAGAAAGUGAAGUUCCUCUUCAGCCUUGGGGGAGAGGAGACGGCGUACACCCUCAGCCUCCUGGGACCCAUCCUUGGCGAGCUGGAGAACGCCAUGGGCGACUUCCCGCAGCUGCCCUUUUCCACGCGAGAUAGGGAUCAUGACCUCAAGGGAGACGCCAACUGCGCCAAGCACCUCACUGGAGGCUGGUGGUUCAGCACUUGCGGCCAUGUCAACCUCAAUGGCAAAUACUUCCGCUCCAUCCCGCGCCAGCGACACGAGAGGAAGCAGGGCAUCUUCUGGAAGACAUGGAAGGGACGCUACUACCCCUUGCGUGCCACCGCCAUAAAGAUCCGACCUACGGAGCGGGGGGCAGCAUCCUAAAGGCACUGCUGUCCGACCACUGGAGAAACACGGGGUGGCCCUUGAUCCUACAACAUGUGGCCACGUCUUGUUGCUUCUUUUGGUGGGGAUGGGGGAAUGAAGAAGGGAGUGCCCCACAGACUCCAAAGAAGCCUUCCUUAAAUUGAUACCAGGCUGCCAUGCUAACCGCUGGCUCCUUGGUUGGGUGCAGAGUGGUGACCUAGGAGGGUUGGGGAGGGA